AGGAGGAAGAGGAGGAGGAAGAGGUGGAGAGCUCACUCUCUGAUGAACGAUCGCAUCGGCUGUUCACUGGCGCCGUGACGAUAAACAGUCAGCGGACAAGGAUGCUCUGUAGUCUGGUGCGCACACUUCUGUCUCCAGCUCUCCACAGUCACCAUGGAGGAGCCUAAUUAAAUGCACAGACUCGGUGUGCGUGUCUCUGCUGCUCCGGAUGGGGGGAGCCGAUGAUCUAUUUUAUUUUAUUUUAUUUUAGGAUUUGCAAGCAUUUCUCGCCCUGUUUGAAGCCCGAGCGGAGAGGACCGCGGCGGAUUUGCGAAGUCUUCAAUUAAAAAGAGGCAAAUUAUGCCAGCAGCAUCAGAGUCGCUCACCCUGGUGACGAGCCAGCUCAUCGGUCAGACCACUCUGCCCUUCACUCGCCUCUUCGUCUGCCCUGGCAGAUCCAUGCUACUGGAUGCUCCUCAAAGAGCCACGCCCACACCAUGAGCGCCAACGGGCCUGCCCCAGAACCAGCCCCAGAAGCCCCUCCCAUCUCAACCCCUGCCCCAGCAUCAGCCCCUACUCCGGCCCCAGCCCCGGCGCCACCCCCACCCGCCCCACCUGCCCCAACAUCCUCUACCAUACCGGUAGGUGCGUUGGCUCAGAAGAAGCGACAGCAGUAUGCCAAAAGCAAGAAGCAAGGCAGCAACGCCAACAGCAGGCCACCGAGGGCUCUUUUCUGCCUCAAACUCAACAACCCCUUACGCAGGGCCUGCAUCAGUGUGGUGGAGUGGAAGCCAUUUGACAUCUUUAUAUUAAUUGCCAUUUUUGCCAACUGUAUGGCCUUAGCUGUCUACGUCCCUUUUCCUGAAGACGAUUCCAACUCCACAAACCACGAUUUGGAAACAGUUGAAUAUGCCUUCCUCAUCAUUUUCACUAUUGAGACCUUUCUGAAGAUUAUCGCUUAUGGUUUGGUGAUGCACCAGAAUGCAUAUGUGAGAAAUGGCUGGAACAUGCUGGAUUUUGUCAUUGUGGUUAUCGGACUCUUCAGUGUUGUUUUGGAAUUUUUGACCAAAGAAGAUAAGGGAGAAGGUGACAGAGAGAGUAGCCAUCCGUCGACGCAUGGCCACGGGGGUAAACCCGGUGGAUUUGACGUUAAAGCCCUUCGAGCCUUCCGUGUGCUGCGACCCCUGCGGCUGGUCUCAGGAGUACCCAGUUUACAGGUGGUGUUGAACUCCAUCAUUAAAGCCAUGGUUCCUCUGCUGCACAUCGCCCUCCUUGUCUUGUUUGUCAUCAUCAUCUAUGCCAUUAUUGGCCUGGAGCUUUUCAUCGGUAAAAUGCAUGCAACCUGCUAUAUAGGCGGCACAGAUUUGGUAGCAGAGGAUGAUCCAGCUCCCUGUGCGAUCUCAGGGCACGGGCGCCAAUGCCCCAUCAACGGCACACAGUGCAGAGAAGGCUGGCACGGCCCCAACGGGGGCAUCACCAACUUCGACAACUUUCUGUUUGCCAUGCUGACGGUGUUUCAGUGCAUCACCAUGGAGGGCUGGACAGACGUGCUCUACUGGAUGAACGAUGCUAUGGGCUUUGAGCUUCCAUGGGUUUACUUUGUCAGUCUUGUGAUCUUCGGCUCCUUUUUCGUUCUUAACCUGGUUUUGGGUGUGUUGAGCGGAGAGUUCUCUAAGGAGAGAGAAAAAGCUAAAGCUCGAGGAGACUUCCAGAAGCUGCGUGAGAAGCAGCAGCUGGAGGAGGACCUGAAGGGCUACCUGGACUGGAUCACUCAGGCUGAAGAUAUUGACCCUGACAACGAGGAUGAGGCUGAGGAGGGGAGCAAGCGAAACCGGGUGACUCUGGCUGACCUCACCGAGAAGAAGAAAGGAAGGUUUGGGUGGUUCAGCCAGUCGUCCGACACUCAUGCGAGCGUUCCAGCCAGUGAAACAGAGUCUGUGAACACCGAGAAUCAGAACGGAGAGGAAGAAAAGACACCCUGCUGUGGACCUUUGUGUCAGAAAAUCUCAAAGUCAAAGUUCAGUCGGCGCUGGCGUCGCUGGAACAGGUUCUGCCGCAGGAAGUGCCGUUUGGCUGUGAAGUCAGUACCUUUUUACUGGCUGGUCAUCAUCCUGGUGUUCCUCAACACACUCACCAUCUCAUCGGAGCAUUACAACCAGCCUAUGUGGUUAACACAAGUUCAGGAUGUGGCGAACAAGGUGCUGCUGGCCCUCUUCACAUGUGAAAUGUUAGUGAAGAUGUACAGUCUGGGACUGCAGGCCUACUUUGUGUCCUUGUUCAACCGCUUUGACUGCUUUGUGGUGUGCGGAGGAAUCACCGAAACCAUUCUGGUCGAGCUGGAAAUCAUGUCUCCUCUUGGGAUUUCUGUGUUUCGCUGUGUCCGUCUCCUGAGGAUCUUUAAGGUCACGCGGCACUGGCAGUCUCUCAGUAACCUGGUGGCAUCUCUGCUCAACUCGAUGAAAUCAAUUGCUUCCCUGCUGCUGCUCCUCUUCCUCUUCAUCAUCAUCUUCUCCCUGCUGGGCAUGCAGGUGUUUGGUGGGAAGUUCAACUUUGACGAAACCCAGACGAAGAGAAGCACCUUUGACAACUUUCCCCAAGCCCUCCUCACUGUGUUUCAGAUCCUGACUGGAGAAGACUGGAACGCUGUCAUGUAUGAUGGGAUCCAGGCGUACGGAGGCCCCUCCUCCACCGGGAUGGUCGUGUGUUUUUACUUCAUCAUUCUCUUCAUAUGCGGAAACUAUAUCCUCCUGAAUGUCUUCUUGGCUAUCGCUGUGGACAACCUGGCAGAUGCAGAAUCACUCAACACAGAUGAAGGAGACAAAAAAGAGGACAAAAAGGAUGAUGACAAAGAUGAAAAGGAAGAAGAAGAAGAGGACAAUGAUGACAAUGGAGGAGAUGAAGAAGACCCAGAGGUUCCAUCAGGUCCUCGGCCGGCCAUCGCUGACCUGGUAAAGAAGGAAAAGAUCAUUCCGAUCCCAGAGGGAAGUGCCUUCUUCAUCUUCAGUAACACAAACCCGGUGCGAGUGUUUUGUCACCAACUCAUCAACCACCACAUAUUCACCAACCUCAUCCUGGUGUUCAUCAUGCUCAGCUCGGUGUCGCUCGCUGCCGAAGACCCGAUCCGGAACUUCUCCGCCCGCAACAUUAUACUUGGUUACUUUGACUAUGCUUUCACCGCUAUCUUUACUGUUGAGAUCGUGUUGAAGGUCCUAGGCUAUGCAGAUUAUGUCUUCACUAGUAUGUUUACAUUUGAGAUCGUAUUGAAGAUGACAACAUAUGGAGCUUUUCUCCAUAAGGGAGCAUUCUGCAGGAAUUACUUUAACCUCCUGGAUCUCUUGGUGGUCGGGGUUUCUCUUGUCUCUUUCGGCAUUCAGUCUUCGGCCAUCUCUGUGGUGAAGAUUCUCCGAGUUCUUCGAGUGCUUCGACCCCUGAGGGCCAUCAAUAGAGCCAAGGGCCUUAAACAUGUUGUUCAGUGUGUCUUUGUGGCAAUCAGAACUAUUGGCAACAUCAUGAUUGUUACCACUCUACUUCAGUUUAUGUUCGCUUGUAUAGGUGUCCAGCUAUUUAAGGGAAAGUUUUACCGCUGCACAGAUGAGGCCAAGUCCAGUCCAGUAGAAUGCAAAGGCACAUACAUCCUGUAUAAGGAUGGAGAUGUUAACCAGCCGACGAUCCACAGGCGGGUGUGGCACAACAGCGACUUCAACUUUGACAAUGUCCUUAUGGCCAUGAUGGCCCUCUUUACUGUUUCCACGUUUGAAGGCUGGCCGGCGUUGCUGUACAAAGCCAUCGACUCCAACAGGGAGAAUCUGGGACCCAUUUACAACUACCGUGUGGAAAUUUCCAUCUUCUUCAUCAUCUACAUCAUUAUCAUUGCUUUCUUUAUGAUGAACAUCUUUGUGGGUUUUGUCAUCGUCACAUUUCAAGAACAAGGAGAGAAGGAGUAUAAAAACUGUGAACUUGACAAGAACCAGCGUCAGUGCGUGGAGUAUGCUCUAAAGGCCCGUCCCCUGAGGAGAUAUAUUCCCAAGAACCCAUACCAGUACAAGUUUUGGUAUGUGGUGAACUCCACUGGCUUUGAGUACAUCAUGUUUGUGCUCAUCAUGCUCAACACGCUCUGCUUGGCUGUCCAGCACUAUGGCCAAUCAGCACUUUUUAAUUAUGUAAUGGACAUUCUCAAUAUGGUUUUCACUGCUGUUUUCACUGUGGAAAUGGUUCUCAAGCUCAUCGCAUUCAAACCGAGGCACUAUUUUGCUGAUGCUUGGAACACUUUUGAUGCCUUAAUUGUUGUUGGUAGCGUCGUCGAUAUUGCUAUCACUGAAGUGAACAAACUUGUAGAGCCAACGGAGACUCCUCAGGUGGAUGAGAUGGGGAACACGGAGGACAGUGCUCGUAUCUCCAUCACUUUCUUUCGCCUGUUUCGAGUUAUGCGGUUGGUCAAACUCCUCAGCAGAGGAGAGGGUAUCCGCACAUUGCUGUGGACUUUCAUUAAGUCCUUCCAGGCUUUGCCAUAUGUUGCUCUACUGAUAGCCAUGUUGUUUUUCAUCUAUGCUGUCAUCGGCAUGCAGGUUUUUGGAAAGAUUGCCAUGGUCGAUGGAACACAAAUUAACAGAAACAACAACUUCCAGACCUUCCCCCAGGCUGUGCUCCUUCUUUUUAGGUGUGCCACAGGUGAGGCAUGGCAGGAGAUAAUGUUGGCCUGUAUGCCCGGGAAACUGUGUGACCCAGAGUCUGACUACAACCCCGGGGAGGAGAUGACUUGUGGCAGUGGAUUUGCAAUAAUUUAUUUCAUUACCUUCUACAUGCUCUGUGCUUUCUUGAUCAUCAAUUUGUUUGUGGCCGUCAUUAUGGACAACUUUGACUAUUUGACACGAGAUUGGUCAAUUCUUGGUCCUCACCACCUUGAUGAAUUUAAGAGGAUUUGGUCAGAGUAUGAUCCUGAGGCAAAAGGAAGGAUCAAACAUCUAGAUGUGGUGACUUUGCUUCGUCGUAUCCAGCCCCCUCUUGGUUUUGGUAAACUGUGUCCUCACAGAGUAGCAUGCAAGCGGUUGGUGGCCAUGAACAUGCCUCUCAACAGCGAUGGGACGGUCAUGUUUAAUGCUACACUGUUUGCCCUGGUGCGCACAGCUCUGAAAAUAAAAACUGAAGGUAACCUGGAACAGGCCAAUGAAGAGCUGCGGGCCGUCAUCAAGAAAAUCUGGAAGAGAACUAGCAUGAAGCUGCUGGACCAAGUGGUGCCUCCUGCUGGUGAUGAUGAGGUAACCGUGGGGAAGUUCUAUGCCACCUUCCUGAUACAGGACUACUUUAGGAAAUUCAAGAAACGUAAAGAGGAAGGCCUGGUGACUGCACACCCUUCCCAGAACAACACAGCCAUUGCCCUGCAGGCUGGCCUUCGCACGCUGCAUGAUAUUGGGCCUGAAAUUCGCCGAGCGAUAUCAUGUGACCUGCAGGAUGACGAGCUAGUUGACUUUAUUCCAGAGGAAGACGAGGAAAUUUAUAGGCGUAACGGCGGCCUCUUCGGCAACCACCUAAUGAACGGCGGCCAUCGGCGAGCAAACGGCCAUCAAACCAACACCACACAGCGCCCCCUGCAGGUGCAGCCCCCGCCUCAUUAUGCUCACAUGGAGCAGCCAGUGGGGCGUCUUUCUCGAGCUAAUGCAAUGGCUCACCCCAACCACCAUCAUCACCAUCACCACCAUCAUCACCGCCACCACAACUCCUAUGGCAAAUCUCCUAAAUCCACCAACAUCAACUUGAACAACGCCAACAUGUCCAGUCUGCCCAAUGGAGGACACCAUAUCUACUACGAACGCGCUCCUCCAAACGGAUACCCAGGUUUACGCACCUCCUACUACGACUAUAACAAGCCACGGACGCCCCAGGGUCAAAGAAGGCGCUACUAUGAGACGUAUGUUAGGUCCCAGAGAGGAGACGGCCAUCACCCCAUCAUCCGCAGGGAAGAGGAGAUUGAUGAGGAUCGCUUCUCUGGGGAAUAUUACAGCGGAGAGGAGUUUUACGAGGAGGACAGCAUGUUGUCAGGGGACAGAUAUCAGACCAGUGACACGGAGUAUGAAACUCCGAAAGGCUACCAUCACCCUGACAGUUACUAUGACGAUGAUGAGCAGCCUCUCUACCGGGACUCACGGAGGUCACCAAAGAGAAGACUGCUUCCUGCCACACCUCAAGGUCACAGAAGGCCUUCCUUUAACUUUGAGUGUUUGCGCAGACAAAGUAGCCAGGAUGAGCUUCCACAUCAGCGUACUGCUCUACCACUGCACCUUAUGCAGCAUCAGGUAAUGGCUGUAGCAGGCCUGGACUCCAGCAGAGUCCACUGCCUCUCCCCCACCCGCUCCACUCGCUCCUGGGCCACCCCUCCCGCCACCCCAGCCAGUAAAGACCAGUCGCCAUACUACACCCCCCUCAUCCGCGUGGACGGUCCACACAGGGAGAGCAUCUCUGGCAGCCACGUGUCUGUGCGCAAGAGCUCCUGGUACACAGACGAUCCAGAGUAUUCCCAAAGGACGUAUUCGCCCAUCCACCUGCAGGUUCCCCCGGAGUACCACCACCAGUACCACCAGAAGAGAGGCAGCGCCACCAGCCUUGUAGAAGCGGUUUUGAUAUCAGAGGGUCUCGGGAGAUACGCCAAGGAUCCCAAGUUUGUUGCUGCCACAAAGCACGAGAUAGCAGAUGCAUGUGAGAUGACAAUAGACGAGAUGGAGAGUGCAGCCAGCCACCUGCUGAGCGAAGGGAUCGCUCCCGGCAUCAACGGGGUCAACGUGUUCCCCCUUCUGGCCCCCAGGGAUUAUGAGCUGCCGGACACCGGAGCCAGUUACAGUGACGAGGAGCCAGAGACCGAACCCAGAGCUCCUUACGAGGAGGACCUGGCAGAUGAGAUGAUCUGCAUUACGACUUUAUAGCAUUAGCUGGAGGGAUCUGCAGAUCUGACUGGGUACAAUCUAGAACAUUUAAAUAAAAAAUUAAAAUUUUAAAAAAGAAAUGCAUCUGUUGGCUCCGACCAAAAGUAGUGCCUUUUACACAGAGCAGAAAAAAAGGCAUACGGGAGGAAGAAGCGCCAUAGAAGUCCUGAACGUUUAAAUCUCCUCCUGCCAGCAGAGGAGGUGAGAGACUGAAACUCUCUGAGGAAGAUCUUCACCUGGAGGGAAAACAGCCUGCAGCCGACUGGAGGCCAGGCCACUGACGCCAGGGAGAGAGAGAGAGAGACGCUCUGCAGGGCGGGUCUCUACGGGUGAUGACAAUCAGAUGUAUGAUGUCAUUACCUCAGUCACUUUAUUAAGGUUCGGCAUAUCAUGCAAGUUUUCAAUGCAAGCAUAGUGAGUCAUAUCUAGAGAUGUAGUCUUAAGAGGAAAAUCAGAGCCUGAUCCGUUUGUUGUUUGAGGCGGGUUGUCUAAGGGUCGCUGGAGCUAAUCGAAAAUGUCGAGUCGUAACAGAUUAUGCAGGAAUUAACUGUCCUACUUUUAGCAUCAUUCAGCUUUAGUUGUGUGUGUUUAAAGAAACAAAAGCAUUUGGAGUAAAUGCACUAGCAGGCAGGUUAUUUUAAACAUUUAAGAAUAGCCUGGUUAAUACUUCUUAGUUGAUAUGCUGUAAAUUGUAUAAUAUAACAAGAGAAACUUUGUAAAGAGAUAACUCUAUAUUUUGUAAUUAUGUAUCAUUUAAAAGAUCAGCAAUAUGAACCCUUGUGACUCCUGUUAUUCUAUAAAAGGAAACUUGCAUUAUUUUAAUGAGGUACUAUGAUAUUUAAACGCCUUUUGUUUUUUGCUAAUAUGCACACUUUAUUUUGCCUAUAAAACAUUUUUUAGACGCUCUACUAUGGUUACACACCUGCACAAUAUAUUCAAAUGACUUCCUAAAAUGGGGUGAACAUAUGUUGGUUUUUGCAAAGCGGAGCAUUUUCUGCAGUCGAAGUGACGCGGCUGUCUGAGGAGUACUUUUGUUUGGAUAUUUUGUGUCGUGUGUACAUGAAUUUAAAUGCAUCCAUGCAUAAACAUUGCUGCUUUUUUUGUUGGUUUUCGAAUCAAACUUUAGUUUGUCAGCCCCUGAUGAAAUGCCUUUUUUGCUGCUGAAAGAACUAAAACUUGGAUAAAUUGAUAUUUGUGCGGCUCAUGCUGGGCUUGGUAUAAAACUCCCCGCUCCACAGGGACUUCUCUGCCUUUAUGUACCGUGUUUUGCAAAAAAUUUUAUGCCCUUUGAAUGUUUUCACAUUUGGACACAUUUCAAUCAAUGACCUCCAUGUUUUAAUUUUUUUUUUUUUUUUUUUUAUGUGAUAGACCAAAACAGCUUGGUUCAUAG